AUGGUGUGUGACUCAUGUGUAAAAAAACUUGGUAAAGUAGCGGCCAUUGAUCCGUAUCGAACAAAAUCACGUAACGAAUGCGCUGGGCCGAUUAAAAAAGGUGGUAAUGAAAAUAAGCUCCUUUCAACUAGGAAAGACAGAUUCCAGCCGUAUAAUCAGGAAUUCAGGAAGUGUCGAAUUUGCAAAACUGUUGUUCAUCAAGUCGGUUCACAUUAUUGCCAGCAAUGUGCAUAUCAAAAAGCCAUCUGUGCAAUGUGUGGUAAGAAGAUGGCCGAUACCAAGAAACUGAAAAUGUCUUCUGUAUAA